AUGGGUAACACUGGUGGAUUACUUGGAGGAAGGUUAAAGCAACUAUGGAACACCGGACAACGACUUAAAGAAGGGAAGCAUAUCAACAAGUCUUUGUUAGCCCUGGGAAAUUGCAUUAACGCUUUAGCGGUUCGUGGGGCCAAAUACAUCAAUUUUCGGGACAGUAAACUGACCAGACUCUUAAAGGAACCUCUUUGCGGAAACUGCUACACCGUCAUGAUCGCCCACAUCAGUCCAGCUGCUGUCCACUUUGAUGAAUCACGUAACACACUCGUGUACGCUGACCGGGCCAAAAAUAUCAAAAACAAGGUUCGUAGUAACAUACAAGAUGUUUCUCAACACGUCGCUCAGUAUGAGACAAUAAUAUCAGAGCUGCGUCAGGAAAUACAGAGGUUAAGGAAUAUGUUAGAAGGGCAGAAUAACUCCAAACCUUCAGAAAGUAAGAAUAUAGUUUCAGUGUACGAAACUAAAAUUCCAAGCCUUCAGAAAAUAA